AUGGCAAGUGAAGUAGCCCUUGGUGGGCAUAAGCGCCGUUCCAGAGGCGUAGCGCAGCAGAUCCGACAAGCAAGUCAGAUUCUGUUGAAAGAAGACUGGCAAGACUCAUGUACGUUAGUCAUUGUCGGUCCGGUGAUCAAUGACUUUCUAUUCCAUGGGACCGUGGCAAUCGGGUCAACAGCAGAGGAGGCUAUCACAAGUCCAUACGUCUCCAAUCACAGACAAAUCCUUGCAGAUUUGCUCGACAUAGGAGUUGACAUGGAUCGAAUCAUUUUCACGGGCUUUCCUGGCAUUGAGUGUGCCCCAUUCUGCGAGAACUUUGAUGUUGACCUUGAGUGGUUCCGCCGUCAACAAGAUGUUGUAAACGAGCUCAUCGAGGCCCUUGGUCCACGGCGAUGGCGCCUGGAACUUUUGGUCAGACGCCAAUUUCAAAUCCAUGGAGCACACUGCCUGCGGUACAUUUGUGAAGUAUUGCCAUCCCUCAACCCAGAGGAUUUGGGCAAAAUUGAAAUACGUGGGGCAGGUUGCAGUGAGAUUGCAAUUUGGUACGAUGAGAUUCAUCCAGCUGCUGCUUUGCACUUGGACAUGGCUCAGGAUUUUGCCAACAAUUUCUUGGUAAGGCCGCAUUCUGACUCACCGGUGAAAACGGAGCUGCUACUGCACAGACAAACGACAUUUGCUGCCCGGAGGGUUCGGUCUAUCAACUGCUCAAGAGUUGCCUGA